AUGAUCGUCUGUACUUUCAAUGCACGUACGCUAGCAUCAGAUGCAUCCAUCGAGGACCUGAUGGUACAAGCGCGAAUGAUCAAGUACGGCAUCAUUGUUCUGACCGAGACAAGAAGGCACGAAUCUCACCAUGCCGUUUUCGACACUGGAGAAGAAUUCUUCCUCAGAACAUGCGAUAAAAGAGGUGUUGGAGCCGUCGGUGUCCUUGUCAACACAAACUUGGCCAAGAGCAUUGAUUCAUUCGAAUGCCUAACAACCCGAAUCGGACGUUUACAUUUGAAUAGAUGUGGCUCACUGCCUGCAGUUUCUAUCUUCGUUGUCUACGCACCAACAUCUCAUUAUGAUGAAAGAGAAAUCGAGAAGUUCUACAUGGAGCUAGAGAAGUUCUAUAAAGAAGACCACACCUUCUACAAGAUCAUUGUGGGUGAUUUUAAUGCCAAGAUAGGACCGAGAAGAUCAGCUGAAGAACUUCACAUUGGGACCCAUGGCCUAGAAUGGAACGAACAGGGUCGAGAAGUCAACAUGAGAAAUGACCUGGCACCCGAGCUGAGCAGGAGGAAGAGAGCGGCUUGGAACGCCUUCAUGAACGUCGAAGAAAUAGCUAAGAGGACGAAGAACCUCCGGCUCCGGGCACAUCUCUUUGAUUCCACUGUUCUUCCUGCAUUAACAUAUGCCUCAGAGACCUGGGCCCUACGCAAACAAGAUGAGAACGCCAUUCAGGUCUCCCAAAGAAGAAUAGAAAGAGCUAUGCUUGGAAUAUCACGUUUCACUCAAAUGAGAGAACGAAUCCGGAGUUCUGACAUCCGUCGACGAUCAAGGAUCAGGGACGCUGUCUCAUAUGCCAAGGUGUCGAAAAUCAGAUGGGCUGGUCACGUAAUGAGAUUUAAAGACGACCGUUGGACUAGAGCUGUUACUGAUUGGAUUCCACGGGAUGUCAAGAGACCGCGUGGCCGCCCACCUACCAGAUGGUCAGACUUCUUUGUCAAGAUCAUGAACGAUCGGUUUGAGGCCCUCCAUGUUCCCGGAGCGAAGAGAUACCAUUGGGCUACACUAGCACGCGACAGGGACAAAUGGAGACGUUACUGGCGCCCGCUCGAGCAAAUCGACGACUAA